ACGUGGGGGCGGUGCCGGUCGGAGGGAUCUGCGUCCCUUCGGUUUGUAGAAGGUGAGGCUGGCAGUGGUGACAGCGGAGGACGAGGGGCAGGGCACUGGGGAGGAGAGACGCUGCGGAGCAGCGAGACUGGCUGAGCGUCAUGGAGGGCUCAGGGGAGCAGCCGGGCCUACAGGCACCGCAUCCCGGGGACCAUCGCAUCCGCGACGGCGACUUUGUGGUGCUGAAACGGGAAGAUGUGUUCAAGGCAGUGCAAGUCCAGCGGAGAAAAAAAGUAACUUUUGAAAAACAGUGGUUCUAUCUGGAUAACGUCAUUGGCCAUAGUUACGGAACCACAUUUGAAGUGACCAAUGGAGGAAGUCUUCAGCCUAAGAAGAAGAAAGAAGAGCCUACUUCAGAGACCAAAGAAGCGGGCACUGAUAAUCGAAAUAUAAUUGAUGAUGGGAAAUCUCAGAAACUUACUCAAGAUGACAUAAAAGCUUUAAAGGACAAGGGCAUUAAAGGAGAGGAAAUAGUUCAGCAGUUAAUUGAAAAUAGUACAACAUUCCGAGACAAGACAGAAUUUGCUCAAGAUAAAUAUAUAAAAAAGAAGAAAAAGAAAUAUGAAGCCAUCAUUACUGUUGUGAAGCCAUCCACCCGCAUUCUUUCAAUUAUGUAUUAUGCCAGAGAACCUGGAAAAAUUAACCACAUGAGAUAUGAUACACUCGCCCAGAUGUUGACGUUAGGAAAUAUCCGUGCUGGCAAUAAAAUGAUUGUAAUGGAAACGUGUGCAGGCUUGGUGCUGGGUGCCAUGAUGGAACGAAUGGGAGGUUUUGGCUCCAUUAUUCAGCUGUACCCUGGAGGUGGACCUGUUCGGGCAGCAACAGCAUGUUUUGGAUUUCCUGAAUCUUUCCUCAGUGGUCUCUAUGAAUUCCCCCUCAACAAAGUGGACAGUCUCCUAAAUGGAACAUUUUCUGCUGAGAUGUUAUCUUCAGAGCCAAAAGACAAUCCUUUGGUUGAAGAAAGUAAUGGCAUGCUGGAGGAAAAACAGGCUUCAGAACAAGAGAAUGAAGACAGUAUGGCAGAGGCCCCAGAGAGCAAUCACCCAGAAGAACAAGAAACAAUGGAGAUUGUCUCUCAAGAUCCAGAAUUUAAGGAGCCUGAAGAGAAAGGAAGCAGAAAGGAUUAUAUUCAGGAAAAGCAGAGGAGACAAGAAGAGCAGAGGAAAAGACAUUUAGAGGCUGCUGCUCUGCUGAGUGAAAGAAAUGCAGAUGGUUUAAUUGUAGCUAGUCGUUUCCAUCCUACUCCACUGCUGCUGUCUUUGCUGCACUUCGUGGCCCCUUCACGGCCGUUUGUGGUCUACUGUCAGUAUAAAGAGCCUCUGUUGGAAUGCUAUACAAAACUGCGAGAAAGAGGAGGGGUCAUCAACCUCAGGCUGUCUGAAACCUGGCUCAGAAAUUACCAGGUUUUGCCAGACCGAAGUCAUCCCAAACUACUGAUGAGCGGAGGUGGGGGGUACCUUCUCUCAGGCUUCACUGUUGCCAUGGACAACCUUAAAGCAGAGCCUAGCCUCAAAUCCAGUGCGAGCACUUUAGAAUUACACAAGACUGAAGAGCCAGCGGCUAAAAGACGGAAAUGCCCAGAUUCUGACUCUUAACCUUUCAAAAAUUGCUUUGAUUUUUGUUCUCAGGCAUUAUACAGUUAGUAAUUAAAUUUAAAUGCCAUUACUAAUUGUUUUUUUAUAUCCUAAGAAUAAGAAUGUGUCUGUACACCUGUUCCUGGGAAGGACGAGUUAGCCUUUUGUCCACCUGACACACACGGGUUUGGUCUGUCAAAACCGUGAGCCAAAAUACCUAAACUUGGGUAAGCAGUGGACUGGUAUACGGCCAAUUCUGUUUAUUUCACAAAAAUCCUCUUCAGUACUUUCAGUACUCUGUACAAGUAUCUCGAGAAUUUAGAUAUCCUAAAAAUAUAUUUAUACGAGACUUUGUGUAUAUGUUAAGCUAAGCAGAAUAACACAGCAUAGCUAAAACUUAGUGGGUACUGAAAGGAAGGAAUUUGUGGAAGAAAUUUCUUCUGUUCAUUCUGCUCUCUUCAGCCUAAGCAAUAUGGAUGUGUGAGUGUGUGAGAUUUACAGUACCAAAAAUGUCCACCCUGUUCCCUGCAGUGGAAUAAACUUUUUAAAAAUGCUGGAUUUUAUUAUUUUAGUAGUUGACAACCUAGGAAAGUUUUGAGUAUUUAUUUUAUUGCUUUUUUUUUUUUGUCAACAGAAAGGUGUAGUAGGAUACUUUUUUGGCAUUAAUUUGCCAGUCCCCUCAUUCUUUGUUCCAAAUAAAGUAACUAGAGGGGCCAGCCCCAUGGCAUAGUGGUUAAGUGCGCACGCUCUGCUGCUGGCGGCCCGGGUUCGGAUCCCGGGGCACGCACCAACACACCGCUUGUCAGGCCAUGCUGUGGCGGCAUCCCACAUAAAGUGGAGAAAGAUUGGCACGGAUGUUAGCUCAGGGCCAGUCUUCCUGAGCAAAAAGAGUAGGAUUGGCAUGGAUGUUAGCUCAGGGCUGAUCGUCCUCAAAAAAAAAAAAAAAAGUAACUAGAAUUUUUGUAUACUAUUCAAUAAAGGAAACAGAAAUGGUUUUUUCGGCUCGCCAGAGACUUAUGGGGAUAUACACAUACACACACACACAUAUGUAUAUGGAUGUUGGUAUAUACACAUACAUAUAUAUUUAUAUAUACACACACAUACACAUGGAGACAGAAAGAGAAUGCACUACCUAUAUGAAUUAUGACAAAAUUUAGUGCAGGGCUUAGACCAGUUCUCAUUGCAUUAGUGUCACUCCUUGUCAAAUGUAUUUUAAAGUGCCUUUUUUGGUGAUUAUUAAUGCUGGUUUGUUGAGCUCUGGCAUGAUUAGGUGGUUAGCCUUUCUAAGCUCUGAAAAAAUAUAGUCAAAUUAUUUAGUCAUCUUCUGCAGCCAAGAAAAGUGUUUAGAGUAAGCCAAGGCUCUUGUCCAUUUGAGAAUCUUAGUCUUGCUCACUAAACAUGCUCAUCAUGUGUAUUGUUCACGUCAUUUGAGAAUAGAUGUGGAUCAUCCAGUGAGCAUCUCAGAAAAAAAGAAAUCACUUUUUCCUAAUAGCAUGUACUAUUCUGAUAAUGGCCAAUGUGAUUGCCAACAAGUACAGUUUUGAUUCCGUUUUCUUAAAACAAUUGCUUUUAAAGAAUAAAAGUGUUUCCUACUA